AUGGCCUCGGAAGCGGAAGCAUCGGCACCCAUUACCACGGCACCAGAAGAAUUUUCUUCUGCUCGCAAAGUUCCUUCAGAAGAGGAGAAAAGUGUUGCAGAAGAGGCAGCUGCUCUUGCUGAAGAAACAGCUGAGAAUGGCGACAAUGAGGCUGCCUCGAACGGUGCUGAUGAUGCUGACGAUGCUAACGAUGCAGUGGAAGAAGCUGCUGCUACUGCUGACACAGCUGAAGAGGAUCCACCAUCGGAAACAACCAAAGCUGUUGCAUCAGAUGUCGACAAGCCAAAAGAAGAAUCUGAUGAAGGUAGUGAAGAUGAGAAUGAAAACGAGGAAACAAAGUCGUCGGAAGAGGAAACUGUUCAAGUUGUUGCGAAAGCGGUAAAAGACGAACCAUCUUCACAGCCUUCAUCGUCUGCUGCGGCUUCUGAUAAUAAGGACAUGAAGGAAACUGAAAGUGGAUUUGCAGAAGAAGACAGUCCCGAAGAACCAGCCAAGGCUAGUUUUGCAGGCAUUGCAACGGAGGACGCAUCGUCUGUUUCCUCCGCGAGGGACGUGGAGAAAGACUCGCAAACUGUGGGCAGUCAAGAUUCCGAUCCUGCUUCCACUCGCCGUGGUAAUCGUCAGGCAUCGAGCCUUUCUCAAAUCUUGGCUCUUAUUCGCAAGAAUAUUCUUACCAAGCUUCGAACACCUGGAGCAACCUUCUUUGAACUCUUCAGUCCAGUACUCAUGAUGUUGGUAUUGUCGGCUGCUUACACGUUGACAGAGAUUGAAUAUGAGGAUGCGGCAAUGUAUGCUUCUCUCAAUCUCGCAUUUCCUGGACCCUGGAUCGAUCUUGCCCAGAGGACCCAGUCAGUCUUCCCCGGCAGUGAUAUGGCUGAUGCCAUGGGCCGUCGCCGCAAACUCAAGAAGAGCACCCGAGGAGAAGAUCCAAAUCUUUUGGUACAAAUGAUGAACUCAGACACCAGUGACGACGAAAAGACUUGGGAUGGAAUCUUUGAAGGGCUUCAGCAGAAAAUGGAACAAAUCAUGUUGAAGCACACCCAAGAGAUCGCAUCCGAUGAGAUGGACCAGCAGAGCCACAAUCGACGUCUUCAAACCUUCCGCAAUAACGUGGAUACAAGCCUUGAUGCAGAAGUGGAAUCCUAUGAAUUGUUGGACGAUGCACGCGAUGAGAUACGUGAUCUCCUCCAGGGUCCCAUUCCAACACCAUCCUUCUCGCAAUUUGUGUCCAUCUCGACAGCAUUGUUUAAUAUCGUUCCACUGGACAGUCUGCCACGGAUUUUCGGCGAAACGAGUUUUGGUCGACAAUGGGGAAAUCUUCUUACCCUUGGUACACUGCACCUCAGUCCCAGGAAUCAAGCGGCCGAAGACUUUUGGGCAUAUCUGAAUGAGACCUACCCAGUGAUCAUGUUGGCCACUUCUGGAACCAACAUUUCAAACUUUCGCGUCCGAAUGCACGAUGACGAAGCAUCCGCUCUGAACUACAUUGAGGCCACCAACGGAGAAGAGCGUACAUGGGCAUUGCUCGAUUUCGCUAAUUUCGAUCGGGAACAGGAUUCCAAUUCGUACCAGAUUCGAUUGAAUUACACCACCGUUCCAAAUGUGAAUGAGAUUACCAAUUGGGCCAAUAUUGGGUUGAGUCGAAGAUACCAGCGAUACUACUUGUCAGGAUACAUGACCUUGCAACGAACGAUCAACGAGUUUGCCUUUGCGCAAAGCGGUUGCGAUCAAGACUUGUCAUCCAUCAUGAGCAUGCCAAUGCCAACGGCGGCAUACUCGCAGAAUCCAUUCUUUACUCAAGUUGGUUACCUUCUUGGACUGACAAUGGCAAUGGCAUUCUUGUAUCCAACCUCACGAUUCAUCAAGACGCUUGUGGAAGAGAAAGAGACCAAGAUGAAAGAAACGCUGUUGAUUCUCGGAGUGCGUACUUGGGCACAUUGGAUGAGUUGGUUCCUCACCGCUCUUUUGGUGUUCAUUAUUAUUACGGUAUCAGUUGCCUUCACUCUGUCUGCGACUGUCCUGAAACACACAGAUCCUGCAUACCUAUUUGCAUUCGUCUUCCUUUUCGGGACGUCUACUAUCGGAUUCUGCUUUGCAAUUGCAAGUUUCUUUUCACGUGCCAAGUUGGCAGCUAUCAUCGGACCCAUCGCUCUUUUCGCAACUAUUCUCCCUCGGUUUGUCUUUUUUGAAAGCAACCGUUACGAAAAUGUCACUGGACAGAUCUUGUCGUCUCUUUUUCCGGCAACUGCAUUCUGCUUUGGUGCUGAUAUCAUUGCCGACUACGAGUAUGCUGAGCAAGGAAUCCAAAGCUACAAUGCAGGCGAAGGUGGCUACUCUUUCAACACUGCACUUUUGAUGAUGCUGGCGGACACAUUCUUGUACAUCUUUAUUGGCUGGUAUCUAGAUCAAGUUCUUCCCCAGCAGUACGGCGUUCCCCGCCCAUUCUACUUCCUGUUCCUUCCAAGCUAUUGGUUGGGAGAAUGUGCCAAGAAAGACGGAGGAAAGGCUGAGAUUUUUCCUGAUAUUGACAACGAAAGUCCGGAUGUCGAGCCAGUGAAUGACACUAAUUUGAUUCCAAAGGUACAAAUUCGUGGUCUGGUCAAGCAAUACUUCAAGGGCAAAACUGCUUUUCCACCGGCUGUUGACGGGUUGAAUCUAACGAUGUACGAAUCCCAGAUCACAGCUCUCUUGGGACACAACGGUGCUGGAAAGACAACUACUGUAUCGGUCUUGACUGGCCUGUUCCCACCUACAUCUGGCGAUUGUGUUUUGUACAAUAAGUCAAUUGUCAAUAGCAAGCAGGAAGCGAGACAAUCGCUUGGAAUUUGCCCGCAGCACAACAUUCUUUUCGACGAGCUUACCGUGUACGAGCAUUUGGCAUUUUUCAUGCGCAUCAAGGGCCUUCAUCCAGAGAGGAAUAAGAUUCUUGGACACGCUGAGGAGAUUGGGCUCACAGACUACCUCGGCACUGCCUCGAAGGCUCUAUCUGGAGGAAACAAGAGAAAGCUAUCGGUUGCAAUUGCUUUGUCCGGUGACCCCGAUGUAUUGAUUUUGGAUGAGCCAACUUCUGCAAUGGAUCCGCAUAGUCGAAGAGCAGUUUGGGAACUUCUUCGCGCAAAGAAAAAAGGACGUGUUACUCUCUUGACCACUCAUUUCAUGGAUGAGGCAGAACUUUUGUCCGACAGGGUUGCGGUAAUGAAGGAAGGCAAGCUGAAGUGUUGCGGUUCGCCAAUCUUCUUGAAGGAGCGCUUCGGCUUGGGAUACAGCAUGACGGUUGUUUUGGAACCUCCAGCAGUCGAGGGUGAUGAAGAAGGCGGGCCUGCCAGACCAUCCGAGAACGUCUUUCUAAAGAAAAGAGAAAACGUCUUGGGCUUCCUCAACGAGCGAAUCGCAAACACAACCAUCGUUCGCACAUCGGGAAAGGAAGUGACAUUCCGUUUCCCACAAGGUUCCGAAGUGUCUUUUCCUGGCGCCUUUGACGACAUUGAAAUAAACAAGGACGACCUUGGCAUUGGCGCGUAUGGAAUUCAGAACAGCUCACUUGAAGAAGUCUUUCUGCAGUUGGCCGAAUCCAAAUCUGACGAAUUGGAAGAAGCGUCAAGUCCUAGCGAGACUCCCGACGAAGUCAUUUACGAUGGCGAGUAUUCGCAUCUUUCGCCAUUGGGGCAAAUCGGUCUACUUUAUGGAAAGCGACUCUCGAUCCAACGCCGUGAUAAGAAAGGAGCUUGCUUUACCAUCAUUGUCCCCAUAUUGGUCAUUGCUGUCGUGCUCGUAAUCUUGACGGUCAGGCCCCCAAAUGUUUAUGGGAGACUAGAAAUGAAUCCUGCCAUGUUCCAAACAUCGAAUGGAGGCAAGAGAAAUUCAGCAACGAAUAUUGUAAUUUCCGACAGGCUAUCUUCGAGCUCAGCACUGGAAGACGCGUCAGAAGCAACUGACUUGUUCAUGGAAAGUAUCAAGACAAGAUACAGCAAUGCCGAGUUCACUUUGGAUACAAACACUGACUCCUCAAUGGGUCUUUCGCAAUUUUUGCUGGACAAUUACAACAAUCGAGACCACGCUACACGAUUUGGUGCUUUUGUCUUGAACGACAUGGUGAACUUUACUUUUGGUUUGGAUGUAUCCGCGAUCCAGUCAUUGAUUGAUACAGCAGGAGGUCUCCAGAGCUUGACUGCUGGAAUUGAGCAGACUGAAAUUGAACUCAUUUCGCUGUUUGGACUCGGUGAUGAAAAUGGAACCCUGAAUGUGGCCGUCAACUUAACUGAUUUGCCUGCAAUGAUAUCGAGUUUUGGAAUCACGCUGCCAAGUGUGACAAUAGACGUUCCCGAGCUUACAGAGCUAGUGGAUACAAGUCUAGGCUCGAUGCUGUCGGCUAGCAAUAUGACAGACCUAUCACUUGGAUUUUUGGAGGACUAUUUGAACCGGACCUACUAUUUCUCUCCAGAUAUUGAAUUGCAGCUUCCAGGCAUUGGAAAUCUUAACCAGACCACUUCCAUUGCAAACAGCAAUACAACAGGAAAUGAAAAUUCCACGAAAAUGGUUGAAGACAAUAUGACAGUUGAUGAUCCACUUGCUUCUGUAUUUGAUAGCAAGAUUUUGCAAAUCGAUCCUUUUGACCUUGUCAGCUUCAUUCAGUCUUCUGGCCCAUACAACCGAUCCACUCUGAUUAGAGCCAUUGACUCCCUGUUACCUUUUGUCUAUGAAUCACUGGGAGUUCAAACCAAUGCCACCAUGAUUCCAAGUGGUUCGAGCUUCUUCCGCUUGCUUGAUAAUGUCACAGCACAGUUGACCGACACUGACUUUGUCGACGAUAACUUGUUUGGCAAUGACACUUUCUUCGGGGACAACAGUUUCUUCAAUGAUACUUUGCUGGGCGACAUUGGCCUCUUCAACGGCACCACAUUGGGCACCAAUAUCACUCUUAACGGAACAACGAUUGGUGAAAUUCCAGGAACUGGAUACUUCGAACAGCUAAAUGCGACAGACAGUGAGCAGCUGUCCAAUGCAAUCGCCAUUGCUGCUACAGUCAUAUUGCGAGAGUCUUUGAGCGAAGUGGCAUAUACCAACACGACCUUUGACUUCUCGGAGAUAUUCAGUGGCCUUCUUUCCUCAGUCGGAUAUAAUGGAACUCUUGACUCGCUUGGAUUGCCGAUUGAUGGUGACGACUUGUUCGAUAUCCGGCUGCAAGCAUCGAGCAUCACGUUGGAAUUGCCGUCAUUCGCUCUCAACAUUUACAAUCUAACACUGAUUGCAGAUGAGGACUUACCGGUAUUGUUGCCGUUUGCAUCCUUUGAUUUGCUCGAUGUCGCACUGGAUAGUCUUGGACCGAUGAUUCCGGAAGAAUUUGUUAUGCCAAUCGAAGCUCAAACAAGUAUUCUGCACAAUUCUUCCUCGCCCCAUGCAGUUGCUGCUUUCAAUCAAGCCUACAUGGAAUACAAAUACGGCCAGUGCAAAGCAAGCGACACUGUCACGCUCAAGUCUAUCAAUGCCCCGUUGCCUAUCACAGCACAGGAAACGAUCGAAAUCAAGACAAUUUUGAGUGUUGUCGCAGCUCUUUUCCUCCUCAUCCCAUAUUGCUACAUUCCUGGUGCAUUCAGUGUGUUCAUUGUGAAGGAAAAGAUUAGCAAGUCCAAACAUCUUCAAUUGGUCAGCGGAGUGAACAUGACAUCUUACUGGUUCUCGACCUAUCUCUGGGACAUGAGCUUGUUCUUUUUGCUCACUGUGUUCAUCAUGCUUGUCUUUUUGGCAUAUGGAACCGAGUCAGCGGCAGUCUUCAUUGGAGAUAUCGAAGCAUUCUUUGCCACUGCUCUCAUUACUCUGGGAUACGGCUUCUCGAUUUUGCCGUUCUCGUACUUGUUGGCACGAAACUUUGACAAUCCUUCCACAGCACAGAUUUCUGUCAUUGGACUGGUCUUUCUCACCGGCUUUGUUGCCGUGAAUGCAUAUUUCUUAAUGACCGCACUCGAGGACACACAAGCUUUGGCUGCGAGCCUGCUCCCAUUAUUUCGACUGUGGCCAGCUUUUAACGUCGGAGAAGGCUUUAUUGAACUCUCCAGCGCUUACUGGGAAAGGGAAGUUUUAGCCUCGGAGAAGCGUCCAUUUGAUUGGGAGGUCGCCGGUAGAUCGAUUACCUUGCUUUAUGGAUUGGCACCUGCCUACUUUAUGAUUCUUCUAUUUCUGGAAUAUGCUGACGAUGGUGGCUCUGGUGGUAUGGCUGGUCGCAUCGUUCGUUACGUGAGGGGCAGCUACGAACGAACCGUGCUUGCGGUCCACGGGGUGAAGAAGGUCGGCAACAAGUUGACAUUGGAUGAUGGACUUGUCGACCUUGCUCCAAACGACGAUGUCAAAAAAGAGGCAGACUUUGUCAAUCGCAAGCCAGAGUUGCACAAAUCGGCUCCAAUUGUCUUGCGUGAUUUGUGGAAAGUAUUCCCUCCUUCCAUUGGAUUACUUGGUGGCCUCAUCAAUCGAAUCAAAUGGUUGCUCUGCUGUUGUGGUCUUGGAAAGGGAUCAAAUCAAGAAGACGAAUCAAAUAGCGACCACUCUGGACCUCGUCGCGCUGUCCGUGGUCUUACUGCUGCUGUUCAACGAGGAGAAACCUUUGGAUUAUUGGGCGCCAAUGGUGCUGGAAAGACCACCACUUUGGGCAUGUUGACCGGUGACAUUGCCGCUACUGGAGGAGAAGCCUACGUUGCUGGGCACGAUAUCACAGGCGCCACUCCCGGAGGCGUCCAAGAGGCCCGCAAGAACAUUGGUUUCUGCCCACAAAUUGAUCCUCUACUUGGGUUGAUGACUGGUCGAGAAACCUUGCGCAUGUUUGCCCGACUCCGUGGCAUUCAAGCCAACAGGAUUGAGGAGGUUGUGACUGCCUUGUUGGAAAAGUUGACCUUGACACCUCAUGCGGACAAGACGGCCGACAGUUAUUCUGGCGGAAACAAGCGAAAGUUGAGUCUUGGUAUUGCUGCCUUGGUGGCCGAUGGCGGCGUUCUGUUGAUUGACGAAUGCAGCAGUGGACUGGAUCCUUUGGCCCGAAAGAAACUUUGGGGGCUUAUUGAGAAGCUGGCCUUGGAACGAUCCGUGGUGAUUACAACGCAUUCCAUGGAAGAAGCAGAAGCGCUUUGUUCCCGCAUUGGUAUCAUGGCUCGAGGGCAAUUUGUUGCCUUGGGCACAGUUCAGCACCUAAAGACCAAGCAUUUGGAUGGGUACGCAAUUGACAUUUCUCUGGCUCCCAACUCUUCCGAAGCAAUGAUCGAUUCCGUGGUGGAAGAAAUCUGCACGCGGAUCAUUCCUGGUAGCGUCAUUUCAGAACGCCAUGGCCGUUUCUUGAAAUUCGACGUGAACAAGGUCUCGACCAUUGGUUUGGGAACUACCUUUGGGCGCCUCCAGGAGCUCAAGGAAAGCCGAGGAAUCGUCGAGAAUUAUUCCAUUGCUCAAUGUUCUUUGGAGCAAGUCUUUAUCAAGUUGGUAAAGGAAGCGGAAGAGGCUCGCAAUGUUACUCCCGAUAUUGCCUCCACAUAA